AUGUCAAAUUUAUUUAAAAUUACUAUUGACAAGGCAGCAGAAUUAUUUAAAAAGAAAUUUUUUGUUGGACCAAGUAAACAGGAAUGGUUCAAUAACGAAUUAAAAGAAUUAAACGAAAAUAAAAUAGAAGCUUAUAAUCGUGCAGCAAUAUCUAAUGACGAAACCUUAUGGUCAAUUUAUAAAAAUAUUAGAAACGAGUAUAACUUUAAGAUAAAAACAACAAAAAAACAAUUUAUUGAAUAUAAAUUAGAAAACUGCGGUGGUAAUUCUAAGGAAAUGUGGAAAAAUAUUAAGAAAUAUGUAACGAAACCUUCUAACAAUGAAUCAAUUGACGAAUUAAAAAUAAAUAAUACUCUAAUAAGUGGGUCAACUAAUAUAGCGAAUGAAUUAAAUGCAUUCUUUAUAGACAGUAUUAAAAAUAUAGCUGAUAGUAUUAAUAUAGUGCAAUACCAAAAUUUAAUAGCCGUAAGUAAUUAUAGAUUUAAGUUUCAUAAGAUAAAUAAGCAGGAAUUGUAUGUGAUUAUUCGUAAAAUGAAUACCAAAAAAGACUUUCUGGGUUUCGAUACUAAAAUAAUUCUUAAUUCAUAUGAUAUAUUUGGUGAUGCCCUGGUACAUAUUGUCAACCAGUCUAUGAGAAGCGGUACUUUCUCAUUAACAUGGAAAGAAUCUGUCGUCAGGCCAAUUCCAAAGAAGCAGCGUCCGAAAGAACCAACUGAUUUGAGGCCAAUCAAUAUGAUGCCCUUAUAUGAAAAAAUAUUAGAAAAAAAGAAUAUAUGUGAUAAACGGAGUGGUUUCAGAGGAAAACAUUCCUUUGAAACGGCUUUAAAUUUAGUCCUAUAUGAUUGGAAAAGGGCUAAAGAGAAUAAUUUAGUGAUUUGUGCAAUAUUUUUAGAUUUUAGAAGAGCAUUCGAAACUGUUGAUAGAGAAAUUCUGCUGAUGAAAUUUGAAAAAUAUGGAGUUCAAGGUAAUGAGCUAAGUUGGUUUAAAAGUUAUUUCAAAUGUAGAAAGCAAAAAACAAUAAUUGACGACAGAUUAUCUGAAUCAAAAUUUUUUAGCAAUGGAGUUCCUCAAGGUGCAAUAUUAGGAUCCUGUAAAAUUGUCCUGUUUGCAGAUGAUGCACUUAUUUAUGUUGUUGACCGAAGUUUGGAUGUAUGUUGUAGUAAAGUAAAGGACGAUCUGAAUAAUGUAUUUUAA